UGGGGGAGUGCCUGGUUUGAAGCUUGCAAACUGCCGUCGUUAGUGGGAAGGAGGCGGUUCUAGUCCCCCGCUAGCACGAGAGAAAGACCCGCCUCAUCUGUAGAAUGAACGCUGCCAGUCUGGGAACGUUCCUACAGUAAUUAUUAUAUCUCAGUAAUUCCAACCGGCUCCUUUGCUUUGGUAAACGUGUUAGUUCUCACAGCUUGAAGACUACUUAUGGAUGGAAACUUGACCACACGACGUGACAUUGGAUCUCUGCUGGGAGUGUGUGGCCUGUCCGUUGCCUGCACAGAGAGGCUUGGUGCCUGGAGCUGAGUCUUGCUCUUUCCCCCUACCUUCUGGUGGCUCCUUAUGCUGGAUUGCAGCUGUACCCUGUGUCUUGCAGGAUGGAUGGUGUGGAUCUAAAGGGUCUCGUGUGUUGGCAGCGCUCCCUGUUCUGUGAUAGUGUUCUCUUCUUUUCUAUUUACAAAAGAACACCCCCCAUCCUCCACCCAGACUCUGAGCCUUGUAUACCUACUAACUGUAUUUAAGCAGCAGUCACACAGGUAGGAAUAGGAGAGGGAGGUUUGCAAAACAAGCUCCUGUUUUAAUUGGUCAGUCUGACCACAUAGAUUUCCAUUUCUUUCCAAAGCCUUUAUGGAGGAAGUUUGAGUUUUCUUUUCUCUGUUGAAUCAUAUCCGCUCACUAUCGUUGGGGGUGGUGGGAUGUCGGAAAAGCCCAACAACAAGAUGGUUAAGUUCCUGACUCCCCUUCCCAAGAGUGGUAACGGAAACAACGGGUCCGGCUCAGACUCGCUUGUUGGUGAACGGAUGGCAGCGGAGGUGAGGCGGCGCCACCACACCAUGGAGCGCGACCGUUGCGCUGCAGAACAUCGAACAUUCUUCCGUCGCAGCGUCAUCAGCGACUCCAACGCCACAGCCCUUGACCUCCCCUUACCGAGUAAAAUCCCUGUCCUUGCACCUCUGGUACCCCGCGUGCGAGAUGUCGCGCCCCGGCACUCUGGUGCACUGCCCACCCCAAGACCUGCACCCCGUGUGACUGUGAGGGAGGAGUUGGCUGAGUGUGAAGGUGGAUUGAAGGUGGAUGUGGUGUCUGUAGAGCAGAAGGCUUCUGUACUACAGGAUAUCUGUGAUGGGGAAGCAGUGGUGGCUCAGCAAGCAAACAGUCUAGCUGCCCAACCUCUGAGCCAAACAACAGAACCUGAACCUGAGAGUGAGGUGAAGGAGAGUGGAGAGAGUGAAGAAGGAGAGGGGAGGGAAGCAGAUAAGGAAGAGAAGGAGAAAGCCCGGGUAGAGGCUGAACUGAGAGAGGCGGAGAAGAAGGUGCAAGAUGACAUUGAGGAAGCCGAGACGAAAGCGGUGGGAACGUCGCCGGAUGGGCGUUUCCUCAAGUUUGACAUUGAGAUUGGACGUGGUUCCUUCAAGACGGUCUACAAGGGCCUGGACACAGAGACCACAGUGGAGGUGGCAUGGUGCGAGCUGCAGGACCGUAAGCUGUCCAAGUCGGAGCGCCAGCGGUUCAAGGAGGAGGCGGGCAUGCUGAAGGGGCUGCAGCACCCCAACAUUGUCCGCUUCUACGACUCUUGGGAGGCCCCUGUUAAAGGCAGGAAGUGUAUUGUGCUGGUCACAGAGCUCAUGACCUCUGGAACACUCAAAACGUAUCUGAAGCGCUUCAAGGUCAUGAAGAUCAAAGUUCUGAGGAGCUGGUGUAGGCAGAUCCUGAAGGGCCUUCACUUCCUCCACACCAGGGCCCCGCCUAUCAUCCACAGGGACCUGAAGUGUGACAACAUCUUCAUUACGGGGCCCACAGGCUCCGUCAAGAUAGGAGACCUGGGAUUAGCAACACUCAAGAGGUCCUCUUUUGCCAAGAGUGUCAUAGGUACCCCUGAGUUCAUGGCGCCUGAGAUGUAUGAGGAGAAGUACGACGAGUCAGUGGAUGUGUAUGCCUUUGGGAUGUGCAUGCUGGAGAUGGCCACCUCAGAGUACCCAUACUCCGAGUGCCAGAACGCUGCACAGAUCUACCGCAGAGUCACCAGCGGGGUGAAGCCGGCCAGCUUCGACAAGGUGGCGAUCCCCGAGGUGAAGGAGAUCAUCGAGGGAUGCAUCCGACAAAACAAGGACGAGAGGUACUCGAUAAAGGACCUGCUGAACCAUGCCUUCUUCCAGGAGGAGACAGGGGUGCGUGUUGAGCUGGCCGAAGAAGACGACGGAGAAAUGGAGGCCAUCAAGCUUUGGCUGAGGAUAGAGGAUGUCAAGAAGCUGAAGGGGAAAUACAAGGACAACGAGGCCAUUGAGUUCUCCUUCGACCUCAGCAAGGACGUCCCUGAGGACGUGGCCCAGGAGAUGGUGGAGUCUGGCUACGUGUGUGAAGGGGACCAUAAGACCAUGGCUAAGGCCAUCAAGGACAGAGUUUCCCUCAUCAGCAGGAAGCGAGAGCAGAGGCAACAGGUGCGAGAGGAACAAGAGAAGAGGAGGCUGGAGGAGGAGCAGGGCCAGCAACAACAACAACAACUACUGCAGCAGCAGCAGGGCCAACCUCAACCAGGGCUCCAGCCCGGCACAGAGGCCCCCCAACCAGCCCAGCGUCCCUCAGGCAGCCCCCAGCCAGGCCAACAGGCUGCCCCCUACAUACCCCCACAGCCCACCCAGCAGCCAACCCAGCCCAUGGCCCCCUACAUCCCCCCUCAGACAGCACAGCUGGGGCCACAGGGGAUUCCCUAUAUACCCCAGUCUACAGGGCAGCUCCCAGUCUCUGUCUCAGUCCCAGUAUCGUCCCAGGUUCCAGUCCAGGUUCCAGUCCAGGUUCCAGUCCAGACAGAAUCAGAGAGGCCAGAGGUGGACCAGUACCCACAGCAGACUGAGACUGCCAAUCAAAUGACAGAUAGUGCUCAGGUUUCCUCCAUCCUUCAUGAGACGCACCCGGUUCAGCCGGUGAUGUCAUACACCUCUCUUCCCAGUCAGCAGCCUCAGCCACAGGCCCCUCCUCCUGUCCAAACAGACCCAUCACGUCAGCCGCAGCAGACCAUGGUGGUUCCUGCUGCUCAGCAUACCACUGUUGCCCCUGGGGCUCCAAGCUCCCAGCCUGCCCCUGGGGCCCCACAACAGUAUGGAGGUUACUACCACCCACCACUCCCCCCUCAGGUGCCCCCCCAGCAGGUGACAUUGCCCCCCUCUCAGCCCAUCCCUCCUCUGCACCUCCAGCAGCCACAGCCAGAGGGCAGCGAUGCACCUCAGAGCUCAGUACUACCACCUCUCCAGCCUGGAGUCCGGCAAAUACAGUCAUGGGCCAAUGAACCAAGCCCUCCUGUCCUGUCUCCUCCAAUCAAUGCAGAGCACCUCUACUUCCUCUAUCAGGCCACAAACGUCUCUGUGAUGCAGGCCUCUGUGAGUGUAUCCCAGCCGGCGCCAGCCGAGCAGGCAGCAGGUCCGACAACACUUGUCCCUCAGUCUGUGGAGAGUUGCCUGUCAGACGCAGCGUCAGGUCUGAGUGACGGUUAUGAAGGGGCGUCGGGUGGUAGACACGAGGGGCGCUCCAUGAUCAAGCGGCACCAGCGGCGUUCCGUACGCAGCCGCUCUCGGCAUGAUAAGACCGCCAAGGCCAAGCUCAACGUCCUCAAUAUCUCCAACAUGGGAGACCGGGUGGCAGAGUGCCAGCUGGAGACUCACAACAGGAAGAUGGUGACCUUUAAGUUUGACCUGGACGGAGAUAACCCAGAGGAGAUUGCACAGAUCAUGGUGCUGAGUGAAUUUAUCUUGGAGAGCGAACGUGAGUCGUUCAUCGAGCAGGUUCGUGAAGUCAUCGAAAUGGCGGACGAUAGAGAGGGCAUGAAGGAAGGCUACGCUCAACCACCCUUUACACAGAUUGUAGUGGAUGACCCCUCACAGCAGCCUGACAUGCCCACUCAUCUGCCUGGUGUUCCUCCCAGCGUUGCAGCUCAGGUAGUCCACUCUGCAGGCCGGAGGUUCAUUGUCAGCCCUGUCCCAGAGUCCCGUCUGAGGGAGCAAUUCUUCGGCCCUCCAUCUGCUAACACCUCGUUUGGGGAUGAGCCCCCUCAAGUGAGUCUGGGCUUGUCCCUGUCUGCCCCCUCAGGCCACCUCCAGCAAGCCUUAACUGAGAUGAGGCAGCCGCAUGGGGAGAGACGAGCCACCAUGGGCCACCCAGCCGAGCCAGACAUCAGCAUAGUCCCCUCCUCCCUGCGCCCAGCCUCCCCUCUCUCCCACCCUCACCAAACCUUGGCUCCCCCAGAGGCUACAGUCCCCACCAACACUAGCCUCUCCACCCUGCCUCCUGUCUCAGUCAUCCCCUCUGGGUCUUCCACUCUUCCCCCCUCCACAUGCCAAGUUGCAACCGGGAGGGUGUCUCCAACCCCAGUUCCAGCCCCUGCAUCUGCUACCACUGAUCCCACCCCACACCCCCAGCCUGACUACCAAGCUGCCCCCUCUCAGCCUACCCCUGCCCAAAUCACAUCCCCUCCUCCAGCUGCUCCCCAGGCCACCUCGGCCCCUCUCUGCCCCUUUCCCCCUGUCUCUGGAGCUCCACCCAGUAACUCUGGGACUGUGACCAGCUCAGAGCAGCACCCUGCAGCUGACCUUGUUCCUAUUCCAUCCUCUCAGCCUAUCCCUGAGUCCAUACCUGUCACUCAGCCCACCUCCUCCCAGUCCCAGCCUAUCCCUGCCUCUGUCCCUGUGGCACAGUCUGCAAUGGCACCCACCCAACUUCCACCCUCUACCCUGCCCUCCCAACUGUCCCAGCCAGGGGACCCAGAUGGGGUAGAGUCCCAGUCCAAGGUCCCUGGUAUAGAUGACAUACAUGCCCUGGAUAAGAAGCUGCGCUCCCUCUUUAAGGACACAUCCUCUGCAGACACUGGCAACACUGAGACCACCUCCCCCUCCACAGGGACCAUCUCCCCUCCCCCCGGGGUGGCCCCGGUGCCCCCCUCCAACCUGUCUCUCACCACCGGGGGACAAGGAGCCCAGGGCCCCACCGCAACCCCAGGACAGGGCCUCACACCAGGGGGACAUGCACAGACACCGCCAGUCAAGCCUGGUCAAGCCACCAGUGCACAGGUGCAUCCUGUUGGCUCCGAGCAGGCAGGCACCCCUACCUCCGAGCAACUGCCUCCAUUCCCAGGACCAAACCAGUCCAAGCAGCCUGUGGGUAGUCUGGACGGCCAGCUAAGGAGAGCUCUGAGCCCAGAGACCAUCCCAGGGAGCAGUGAGGCAGCCUUGCGCUCCACAAGGGUUGUUGAACUGGGACGCUUCCAAGUCUCCGUUGCAGCAGACGCUAGCACCGGCAGCACUCCUGACCCCUCCAACAUCGCCUCCUCUUCCUCUCUCACCCCAUCCUCCUCAUCCUCCUCUUCCUCUUCCUCCUCUUCCUCCCUCUCCAGCCCGGAAAACACCCUCCACCGCUCCUCCUCCCUCCUUUCCAAAGGGGUCCGGAGAGGAGACUCCGUAGAUGCGCUCUCUUCUGUCCCAACACAGCCCACUACCAUCGGACGCUUCCAGGUGUCUACUAGUGCCAGCAUUGGCCCCAGCCCUAAUUCUGUCUCGAAGGUGGGCCGUUUCUCAGUGAUGCCAGCCGCAGUCAAUCCCACAGCACCUCCGGGGUCUAGCCCCUCCCAUCAGAACGGCCCUUCCUCUUCGACCUCUGACCUCCGUAGCUCCACCCCUGGCGUGAACAGUGGUUCAUUUAACCAUUACAUGACCAGCGACAACGAGGACGACUCAGGGCCUGAGGACGAGGCCUUCCAGAGCGAAGUCAGCUGCCUCCGAGAGAAACAUAUGAUAGAGAUCCAGACCCUCCACUCACGGCAGAAGGAGGAAAUAGAUGCUCUGUUCACCAGGCUGGGUAAACCUCCUCCUUCAGCUGUCCUCUCCCCCGCUAUGGCUGGGGGCAGACGUAGACCCAAGACCAAGGCCAGCAAAUCAGCCCGCAGCAGCGCCCAGGCCAGCCCCCAGCACUCGGGAGCCCCAGUCACAGGCCAGAUCCCCCCAGCGUCCCCACCUAAGCAGACGUCUCCCCCCACUACAGUGCUCUCAGACAGCCAGACUUCCACCAUGGGAGUGAGUGGGACCAGUUCAGACAGUGGAGUGAACACCAGCCAGUCUCAGCCAUCAGGCCCUAACAUAGCGCCGGCCCUAACACAGAACCGAAAGGGCACGUUCACAGACGACCUGCACCAGCUUGUUGACAACUGGGCCCGAGACGCCAUCAGCCUCUCCCAGGGCAAGAAAGGACCCAAGGGAACAGCCCAGGGACCCGGACAUGACAUCCCUCUACAUAUCCCUCCACAAGCAAACAUGAGCCGAAAGUUUUCUGCCCCCGGCCACCUGUGCCCUACCCUCCCGUCUACCACCCUGGCAGGUGCCCACCUCCCCAUUACCACUAACCCCUCCAACCCACUCUGCCAGCGUCAGGGCUCUCUAGGCCCCCCUCCCCAGGGAUUUGGCUAUGGCACAGCCCCCUACAGCGCCCCCCAGUGGGCAGGACCCUGUCAGGUGGGUCUCCUGGCCCAGUACCAGGCCCCUUCCGUGGCCUCAGCCCCCCUUCAGCAGGCCUUCCACAUGGGAGCCACCCAGAAACCUGUUAGCAACCCUGGAGGUCCCAACCUGAGGCCCACAUAGCCCAGUCUGCAGCCCUGGACCUGGGUUAGUAAGGCUGGGCUGAUAGGAACAGAGGACUGAGAGGAAGAGCCAUAGGAGGACAACUACUAUCUGAUGUUCUAUUUCACUAAUUGGUGAGGUGAAAUAAAGAGAAUGAAGUGAAAAUGGAGGAGAGGAGGCUGUGGUUCAGUCCUGUCAGACAGAGAGCGAUGUCUGUCAGUUGGAGGGAGAGUGCAAUACAUACCCACAGCACACAAUCACACCUUCACCCUUACCAGGGCCCAGUCUUUUCUGCCAAUGGCUGUGGAAGCAGGCUGUGAUUGACAUUUGGGUUUGUCCAAUGAAAGCUAUGGACCCAAGGGCACAACUGGCAAUGGCCAAAGACAUCUGUUGAAAGCACCAUUGUCAUCUCAUCAUUCCCUUAAACAGGAGGGUAGGGUGGGGGAAGUCUUAAAUCACUUAUUGACUGUAACUGGCCUUAAGAGAGAGCGAGAGAACCCCCACAAACACAUACACAUGCGCCUCCUAGCACUACUGUCAUUGGCUGAGAUUGAGGCGUUGAAUGGUAUGAGAAACUGAUUAAUUGUGGGUAACAAGUUUGUAAAAUGAAAGGUGAGAGAUAUGUAGAGAAGCAAAGAGGUAGAAUGAGAGAAAGAUAGUGAAUGGAAGUUGGUUAGGUAGGGUUAUAGUGGAUAGUGUUUGGCUAGUGUUACUCAUUUGAUCACCAUACAGUAAGAUGCAGUAAUAGCAAUGUGAGGAAAGGAGUGAGCCCCCUGUGUAAGAGUGGCCUUAAACCCCCAAACACAUACACAUUGUCUUUGUAUAUAGAGAUAUUUCUUGUCCUAAGUUAUGGUUAUAUUUGAUUAUCUGUCCCUUUGAGCUGGUCUGAUGUGAUGUUCUGCCUGACUGGGUUUGUUAGUUUCUUAUGAGACCAUCACUUAAUGUUAGUGUGAGCUAAGUAACAGACCUGUCUGUAGAUAGUUUAUUAAUACCUACUUCACCUGUCUUGUCCAGGCUUUGGAUUUACCCUGAAGUGACUGUAUCCAUGAGUGUUUUAGGUUUACGCCUUAGCGACUGGUUAGGCUCAGUGGUUUGAGUUGUUGGCUUCAGCUACUGUGAUCAUUUGGUUUUCGACCUUAGCUACUGUGUCAGUCAGUUGUCUCACACCUCACCACCUGGUGUACUGUAGUCAGACUCUGGUAAGCAAGGCUAUGGUCCUUGGUACAGUUCUGUUAGAAAGGCAUUACAUUCUUGAGGCAUAGGGUUAUCUUGCGAGUGAACGGUGCAUGGUGUUCACACACAGACCUCUAAGCAAUGUCAACAAAAAUGUCUUUAACCUUAUUUCCAGUUGUCAUCUUUCAGAAUCAUGACAAAUUGUCUGGGGUUUCUGUGGCUUGUUUUAUGUGUAUAUUUUAAUUAAAAAUACAAAAGAUGUUCUUUAUCGACCUGUUCAGCGAUCAGAUUUUGAUGUUUCACAGUAAUUAUUAAAGGUUGUUAAACAACAUGUAGUUAAAGGAAUAUAAAAGUGCAAUUGCAGGGUUAUUAUUAGUAUUAUAAUCUGUCACACAGGGGAGUAGUUAUGUGCUUCUUCUGCUCUUAUCAUACACCACCCUGUAAUUUUAUCUUGUUUUACUGUGCAUAUGUGUGUGUGUGUGUGUAUGUAUAUAUAUAUAUAUAUAUAUAUAUGUAUAUGUAUAUGUAUAUGUAUAUAUAUGUAUAUGUAUAUAUAUGUAUAUAUAUGUGUGUAUGUAUAUAUGUAUGUGCGUGUAUAUAUAUAGACAUGUAUAUGUGCAUAUAUGGGUUUGUACACACACACACACACAGUAAAUGUUUUGUAUUAAAUUAUUCUUUCACAUAAUGCUCAUCAUAGAGUACUCUAUGUCUUGCUGUAACCCACCCCCACACAGUAACAGUAAAAACUUGCAGAACUCUUUAGUGCCUUGCAUUCUGACUACUGAGAGAAAUUCCACAGUAAUCACCUCGCCCUGCGGUUCUGAUGGCUUAAAGUCCAGUGACUGAAAGACCUGUUUUUAUUACCAACCAAUGACAUCCAUCAGAAACGUUCUCAGACAUCGGUAAAUGUCUAAUGUGGAGGUUAAGAGGAAGUUUUACAUACCUUAACAAGUCAGUGUCAGAGGCAGGUGACAGUCGUAUACCAACACAAGACUGUCUAAUUGAAUGCAGAGCACACAGGGUUGUAUGAAGACAAGUUAUUUUCUGUCGUCACCAAUAGCAUUUGUGUUUGUGUGUUAGCUGCGUAUCUUAUAUUGUUUGUCAAAGGUAGAUUUGGGUAAGAUUAGUCUGUUAGUAGGUUUUCUGAAUGAAUGUAAUCAGUACAGUAUUGCAUAGCAUCACUUAUUUUAAGAAAAGGAGAACUAAACCGUUGUCUUGUUUUUUUCCCUCAUUGGUACCAUUCUCUUGCUGCUUUGUAACCUCGCAUGAAUGGUACCAUUCCCCUCACUACAGUGCCCUUCUUACCUACCCAGUCCUUGGUUGAAUAACUACUUUCACUUCUCUAGAGAAUAUUAAGUUACUGCAUUGCAGAAUAUGCUAUGUUUGAAGUUCUAUAGGAACCGAGGGGGAAUGGAGUUGUUUGCAUGCUGAGGAUGGUUGUUACUGACUUUAGAAAAACAGUGUUUUUGAUAUUUGGAAAACCGAGAUCCUGCUUUUUUUUUUGUUAAUCUUUGCCUUGCUGUAAGUGAGUCCACACAAAGUGCCGAUCUUUAAUUGCCAUUCACUGCUGUCACAGGCACAUCUUUUAGUUGUCAAUGUAUCCAUAUGUGUUUCCUGAAUUCUGCAUGCUAACUGGUUUUAGACCUUGGGCUUACUUACAACACAACCCACUGUACAGCACAUGCUCACACAUAAGCUACUAGUCAUCCUAUUAACAGUAAAUAUGUUAUUUAUCCUCAAGUGGUUAAAAGAUUAUCCUGACAAAAUGACAUAUCACUAAGUUAUUUAACGUUGUACCCUUGGAUUCCUGUCCUCUCUGGCUCUUGUGACCAGUCUACUCUUAUGGUUUUGUGUAUGUUUUUUCACAUUGUACAAAAUGUAAAAAAGAUAAAUAAAAAUAGAACUGAUCAUUA